GAGACCCCGAAGGAAACCAAGGAGCCGAAGGAAACCCAGAAGGAGCCGAAGGAAGCCCGCAAGGACCCCAAGGAAGCCCGCAAGGAGCCGAAGGAAGCCCGCAAAGAGCCGAAGGAAGCCCACAAGGAGCCGAAGGAAGCCCACAAGGAGUUCAAGAAAGCCCGCAAGGAGUCCAAAGAAGCCCCCAAGGAGCCCAACGAAACCGGCAACCGGCCAAAGGAAACCGGCAAGGAGCCAAAGCCAGCAAAGGCAAAGGAAGGACGACAGGAAGACGCAAAGGACUCCAAGCGAAAGGCCGCGGACGAGUCGAAGGGUGUGUCAUGGAAGCAUGCCAGGGUCCUUGAUAAGGCAGCAAAUCCAGGCCCAGCCGCCAAGCCCGUGCUGCGGGUUCGCAGCAAAUCGGCCCCGCGGGACGAGCCUGCAGGCAGUGUUGCCGGCAGCAGCAGCGGUACCAGGACUCCGAGUAGGCUGCACGACAAGAAGGAAAAAAACAAGAAGGAUAAGAAGGAAGGCCCAAGCCCACCGGUCCCAGCAUCCAAGAAGGAGCCCUCCGCAAAGAAUCUGGAACCCAUCUUUGAUGCGGAAGCCAGCGAUGAUGAAAACCAAGCAGACCUUGACGUGGAUGAGAUGCUUGCGAUGAUGGAGACCUCGGAUUCCGAGGGAGAGUCCUCGGAGGAGACCCCCGAGGAAGAGGAGCAGGAGGAUGAGGAGAUGAAGGAUGAAUCCCAAGGCGAGGAUAGUGGGGAGGAGAUCUCCAUCCGGGAGGAGUCAAGUGCGGGGUCCAGCGAGGACUCGAGCACUAGCUCAGAAGAGGAGGAAGAGGAUGAGGAGUGGGAGGAUGCCGACGCAGCGAGCAAGACACCCGCCUCGGAGAUCGAUCGCAAGAAGUUUCCUGUGUCGCUGGCAAGCCACCUCCAGCGCGACAAAACGGACUUGUUUAACUUGUGGCUCGACAACAACCAGGCUACCAAAGCCAGAGACAUCAUAAAAAAGUAUGGUGAAACGAAGGGGCUCAAGCUCAUCAAGGCUUUGAAGGGCAAGGGACGCUAUUACUACGAUGAUGAGUUUCCCGAUGAUGAGGAGGAAAUCUUCUACUACACCCACGCCCCGCGGCAGAUUAUGAAUGACAACAGCACCUCCAGCAAGCUGAAGAUCGAAGGCAAGGAGGCCAACCCGGACACAGCCCUCGUCGCCUCCCUCACCGGCGAGGAAGGUCCGCUCCACGCGGGUGCCAUGCCUGGUAUGAAGAUCGAAAGCGGAGAGGGGGAAAAGGAGUUGGCUCUGGCAUUGAGCAAUGGUGGUUCGGUGGGCAAGAUCAAGCCACCCAAGAAGACCCGCACCGAAUCGGCCGAGAAAGUGCUGCUCACGACUUCGAAGGAGCGUGCAGAGGCCAUGCUAGACGACAUCCUAAAGGACAGCGGUGCUGCGAGAAAAUUGGCUUUGGGCCUGGAGCACGUGCACUACGGGGAUAGGUUGAAGCAGGAGCUCAUGAACUUCAGCUCGCAAAUGGAGGGCCUCUACCGGAAGCUGCAAAGCCUCAUCCUCAAGAAGGUAACCAAAGCCAAGAAGUACAACCCGAUCCUGAUUGAAGUGGAGGCAAAGAAUGCUUGGUACAAGUCUGCAGAG